CUGAACACCAAGCCUUUCAAGAUGGUCCUUCUCAGUAUUCUUAGCAUCCUCGUUCUUUGGGAACUGGUGCUUUUCAUGGACCACAGGGCCGAGUUGGCAAAGGUAGGGCAGCCUGUGGUUGCCCCCCUGGCUGAGGACCCUAGCUGGCCCCUGAUUCGGGACCUGCUAGAAGAAGCUCCUGGCAAGCAGCAGAGGAAGCCACAGCUCCAAGGACCCCAACUGGAGUACAUGCUGAAGUUGUACCAGAGUUCAGCUGACUCACUCGGGAACCCUAGGGAGAACCGCACCAUUGGAGCCACUAUGGUGAGGCUGGUGAGGCCCUUGGCCAAUGUGGCAAAGCCUCUCAGAGGCCCCUGGCAUUUACAGACCCUGGACUUUACUCUGAGACCAAACCAGGUAGCAUACCAACUAGUCAGAGCCACUGUGGUUUACCGCCAACAACUCCACCUAACUGGCUUCCACUUCUCCUGCCAUAUGGAGCCCUGGGUCGAGAAAAGCCCAACCAACCACUUUCCUCCUUCAGGAAGAGGUUCCUCAAGGUCUUCCCUGAUGUCUAAAGCUUGGAGAGAGAAGGAUAUCACACAAGAUGUUCGGCAAAGGUUCUGGAAUCACACAGGGCAAAGUUUCUGGAAUCACACGGGGCCCAGUGUCCUACGACUUUUCCUGUGUCAGCAGCAAAAUGGUAGUAAAGGUCUUGAGCACCAGUGGCGUGAUACUUCAUCCUUGGACUUUGCCUUCUUGUUACUCUAUUUCAAUGACACUCAUAAAAGUGUUCAGAAGGCUCAAUCUCUUUCCAGGGUCCCAGAUGAAUUUAUAGAAAAGGAAUUUCCUCUCCUCUUGCAAAGAACCCGACGAGCAAACAGUAUUACGUCUCAGCUUCCUGGCUCCUCCCGGGAACGUAAUGGGCCUGAAAAUAACCAGUGUUCCCUCCACCGUUUCCAAGUCAGCUUUCGCCAGCUGGGCUGGGAUCACUGGAUCAUUGCUCCCCAUCACUAUACCCCGAACUACUGUAAGGGAGUCUGCCCUCGGGUACUUCCCUAUGGUCUCAAUUCCCCCAACCAUGCUAUCAUCCAGAACCUUGUAAAUGAGCUGGUGGACCAGACUGUCCCUCCACCCUCGUGUGUCCCUUAUAAGUAUGUCCCCAUUAGUGUCCUUUUGCUUGAGGCAAAUGGGAGUAUCUUGUACAAGGAGUAUGAGGGUAUGAUUGCUCAUUCCUGUACAUGCAGAUGA